AUGUGUCCACCAUUCCAACCUCAACUUGGUGGGGUUUGCCUGGUUGGGGUCUUGUUCACCGUGUAAAUCUCUGGUUACUUUUCGAUUAGGUACCUGUGGUGUCCAGUUGGCAAAUGCCAAUUGGACCCAAGGGGAUAGGACAUAUAGGGCGCCAGGAUACCCAGAGAAUUUGCUCACCUACACUUGAGUUGGUUCCCCUGCUCUCACUUGCUGGAUCUUCCCCGGAGCUCAGGCCAGGUCUACAAUGGCAAUGAUCAGCCCUGCCGCCGCCACUGUCGUCACCGCCAGGCCGGCGCAAGCUCUAGGGCUCCCUCAGCUGAGGGUGACCAGGGCUGAGAAGCUGAGGUGCGGCUACUCCAAGGACGGCAAGGAGGCAGCUGCGGCGAGUCCGGCGGUCGUGAAGGGCGCGCCGCUGCUGGCCGCGGCGAGCGCAGCGGUGUCUGCGACGGCGGCGUCCCCGGCGCUGGCGCUGGUGGACGAGCGGAUGUCGACGGAGGGCACGGGGCUGAGCCUGGGGCUGAGCAACAACCUGCUGGGGUGGAUCCUGCUGGGCGUGUUCGGCCUCAUCUGGUCCCUCUACACCGUCUACUCCUCCACCCUCGACGACGACGACGAGUCCGGCGGCCUCUCCCUCUGAAGUCGCACCACCACCACCAUCUUCUUCCUCCUGCCUGCCCCGCCUCAUCCUUGAAAGCUUUGCGUAAUUACCGUCAGCCUAAGCAUGGACGAAUGCUGAGUUACUGAUUACGGUAGGUGAACUGUAAGAUGCAGUAUAUGUCAGUGUUAAACCGUUGCAGUUGUUAACUUGUUGUUUGGAUCUUCAACGCAAAUCUCUGCCAGUA